GCUAAACGAUUUUUCCCGAUUAACUCUAAAGAUAAGCCACCUAUUAAAGAUAUGGUGCAAAAAACGCUUUUCUCAGUCAAGUAUGUAGUAUUCAGAACGAUUCUAUAAUUUCUCAAUUUGCGUAUCAAUAUGUUCGCAAAUUAUACAAUGAUGUCCAAGACGUAGACUUUAUUGCACGCAGCCACAUCAAGUCCUGUGAAAAAAGUUCUAAACAAUUGUGCGAGUGUGAAUCAAAAAUAAUCGCGGAACUAGAGGAGAUAACAUGCGUAUCUCGAGUAUAAAAGUCGUCAUAUGCCGGACUUGUCGUUCAGUUGAAGCAGACGUUAGAGGAGAGAUUGCCGAUGUUCAUACUUCAAACUGUACACGUCAUAAAAUCUAUGUCUAUAUAAAAGAGGGAAUUCUAAAGGUUCACAAUAAUUAUAUAAACAUGUCUGAGAGUGAAUCUGCGAGUUUAGAAAAUCAAGAAUGGCUUUGCAGCGUCAAACCAUCGAAAACAAUAUAUUUUCCACAAAUCGGAGACCACGUCGUGUAUGUGAAACAGGCCCACCAUGAUUAUCUGGAGGAAGUGAAAAAACGGAAUUUGUACCGAGUUGAGGAGUCUGACAAGCCCUGGUCCAGCAUGAACUUUAGGGAGCUCGAUGUUCACGAGUACGUCAAAGUAGUGGAGAUCAAAUACGUGAUGCAGCCACUACGUCUUUGCUGUCUGAAGCUCGAACUACUAAGUGACAAGACGAGCUUUACUGUAAGGUAUCGCAACCUAGACAGAGUUACCGAUUUCUUAGUCCUUCGCCAGAUUUUCGAUGCUGCAUGCAAGAGAAAGUGGCGAUCGGGUCACAGACUUCGCCGCUUGAUCGGCAAAGUCUGGUUCUACGGCCAAAUCAUAUCGGUACAAGAUUACCAUCAUCGACGUUAUCCUGGUUCUCAGUACAAGCGGCUACGCGUUGAGUGGAAUAAUGGAAGAUUAGAGGAGAUCAGCCCUUGGGAAGUGGAAGAAAUUAGCAAAUCGACGCAUCGUCUUGAACGCGAUGAAUGGACGUACGAUACUGCCAUCGGGGAUUCCGUCCGUUGUCGAAUUUUGCAUGGCCUUGGUCCACUUAUGAAACUUGAUAUAGCUAAGCCAUUUCUCAAACUCAAUGGCGACCUCUCGUAUUUUUCCACAGCAAACUACCCGAUAGAUUUGCAGACGAUUCAUGAUCGCCUACAAAAUCGUUUUUACCGUCGCGUCGCUGCGAUACGAUUCGACGUCGAAAUGUUGGCUGUAAAUAUCAGGGAGCUCAGAGAACGCCCUGUUGUAAUACUCAGCUUUUCCAUGGAAAACAAUAUAUUUGUCAUUUGUGACGCCGUUACCACAAAAUUGUUAAGAAUAAUUGAAGAUGCAAAUCAGAAUGAAGCAAGUCAGUCACAAACUUCAACAUCUCAAGGUGCUGUCGGAAGAGAACCCGAUAGAAGAGCUACUGACGGUAAUGAUGAAUCAGACGAUAACUUAAGCUUAGCAGAUACUGUUGUCGAGAGCCCCAGAAAAAGAAGAAGGGUGUGUGCCAACAGAGAAGGAACGUCUUCGAUAAUUAUUCGCCAAUCGAAAACAAAGAGUUGCGAAGAGAUUGUAAUUAACUUGCCACGUCGUUCUAGUGCCAAGGGUAAAGAGACGCGAAACUAUAGGUCGAAGAACAGCGGUAAACGGAUAAUUGUGUGUAUCGUCGAUAACUACGAGGAUAAAAGCGAGGAAGAUGAGGAUGGCGAAGAGGAUGAUAGUGGUGAUGACCAGUCUGAUAGUACUGAUGACGAGAAUGCUCAAGAGAAUGAACGUACAAUGAAUAUUAACAGAGGACGUACUAACUUUCCAGGCAUUCGCGCUGCAACAACAGGGGGUUCACAGCGACGGAAAUGCUGGACAACUGAGUCCAGGUUUUACGAUUCUGAAGUUCAAGCAGGAGCUAAAAGAAGAGGCAGAGGACAUGGAACCUCAAGGUGCAACCAAUUUAAGGCAGAUAUGGCGCUUAAUACUGGAAACGAUGUGCGAGCGAUCAAGGAAAUGAUACAGGCGGCAAAAAACGAUUUGUACAAAUGUUUAACCGAAACGCAACAUAAACUGGACUGUAUACUGCAAGUCGUUGAUACUUGUUUACAACAGACGACGGUUAAUGAUCAGGGAGUGCAGACAGAACCAAAGGAAGAGCCAGUGAUACCUUUGUUGGAGAAGAAAAUUUCUGUAAGACAAGAUCUGUUUCGACCUUCGUGUGAUACCGGACAGAAUUCGCUUCAACAACAGCAGGUAACAGGUGUUGUCGGCAUUCCAAUUACAGCCAAUAAUUAUCCCGAAUCAAACGGUGUAACGAUCGGAAAUAACAACUCUACUCAAAGUUUGGAUCCAAGAACAAGACUUAAUAAUAACCAGCUACUCACAGGAAACGUCUCCGAAUCGUUAAAAAAUAAAGAUGGUUCAGAAGAUAGCGAGGACAGCAGCUGCAGCGAUGAUAGCAGUAACGAUGCUAGCGAAGAUUCCGCAGUCAACGAUGGGGAGUGGCUUUGCACUGUUCGGUCAGUGAAAUCGCCUUAUUUACCACAAUUAGGGGACAAAGUAGUAUACAUCCAGCAAUGCCAUAAGGCUUUCUUUGAAUUCGUCAGCCUGAAGAAACUCUACGAGAUUCGUGAAUCCGAGAUGCCUUGGAGUAAAUUUAAUUUCAAAGCUCACGAGUCUGCAAAAGUAAUAGAGAUUUCGUAUAAGAGAAAAAAUAAUAUUCGAAUCUGCUGCUUGAGGCUCGAGCGUAUUGACGACAUCAGAGAGAGAACAGGCAAAUUUUUCGACGUGGAGUAUCACUAUAUCAAGGACCAUCCUUACGAUUUUCUCAUUCUUCGUCAACAUUUCUACACGGCUUUGGCGCAAAACUGGAAGGUCGGCAGCAGGUUUCGUCGAAUGCUCGGGAACAUGUGGUACUUUGGCCGGAUUUUAGCAGUGCAAGCUCAGGAUCCACAGAAAUUGUCCGAUUCGAAAUUCGAGUGUCUGUGCAUCCAAACCGAUACCGGAUCGGAAUAUAACGUCAGUCCGUGGAAUAUCGAGCCGAUAGAUGAAAAAAAUCUUCCAGAAAAGAAGGGUGUCCCUAUACCUGUGACACCAGAAGAUCUUCGCAAAUUACGCUACCAGCCGAAGCCCAAUGAAUGGCAUCAGGACGGUAGGCCAGCUAUCUGUCGACGAAUUCGACGCAAACUUGAAGAACUCAUGCGAACUCCUAUUGCUGUGCCGUUCGUCAAACUCAGGAAUGAUCCUUCUUACGUCUGUAGGGUUGAGUAUCCCAUUGAUUUGGAGAUCAUCAGCGCUCGUCUCGGAAAUCUGUUCUAUCGACGCGUGGAUGCUUUGGAAUUCGAUAUCAGAUACUUGGCCAAGAAUUUUGAAAUGAAUGAAAUCGAGCUGCAAAGUUCAACGAAUAUCAUGAUGUGUUUAUAUUAUAAGUAUCAAGCAACGUUUAUUAUGCAGCAAGUUCUUGACAGUAUUGUGCAAGUAGAAUUAAAUACAUUUAUCAAAAUUAAAGUAGCGCUUCUUUACUUGAAUUUUUACUAUUUCAGGGAUGCAACGAAGCCUGGCAGACAUUUGUCAGAAAAAUUUGAUACUGCAGAAGAGGAUAAUAUGAUGAGAGAUGUUUCCCUUAAGGGAAAACGACGAACGACGAGGAAACCAACUGGAUGUGCUACGAAUCGCGAAAAACAAGAUGAUCAGUCUAUGAUAGCUAAGCGGCGUCGACGAUUGGCUCGUCGCCGUAAACUGUUCACUGCGCCGGCAAUCAAUCUGUCGAUGCCAAGGUGCAAAAAUGGAUCCCCUCAAGCAAAUACUGAACAACAGAAAAAAACCAGUUGAUGAAGAUUUUUUCACGAUUUCAUACUAUUCUUCGUACUAUUAUUUUGUAGCUUUAAGAAGUAUAAAUCAACGUAAGAUUUUGGCUUUAAGUACUUUUUACCUUUUGAUACAUUUUUUAAAUAAAGAAUCUACUUGACUCAUGUUAA